GCUUUCAUAAAUUGUUCCACUUACUAGCUUGCAUUUUUUCCAUGGAAUUGAUAUUUGAUAAAGUCCUGAAUUCAGUGCGCUAUAAAUUCAUUCAGCGAUGUUGUGUUGUCAUGAAAGGUUGUAGUUAGUGAUGAUGGGAAAAUUUUGUUUUCUCGUGAUUUUUUUGGUACUUUCAAGUGAAGUUAGACCACAAACGCCGCGAUAUUUACAAUCGAAAUAUGGAAAUAACGGGAAUGGGGCCGCUCAAAGUCCACCUCCCAGUGGAGUGAAAACGAAAACAAAAACCGCCUCCCGCCAGGGAACUCCACCCCCACGGAAUGGAAUGCGAUUUCGAGGAGGAUGCAAUUCCGCCCCUCCCACACCUCAGAAUGCAGGAAUUCGAUGUUCGCAGUACAGCGGUUGCAGAGCUGAUUGCCUUCCACUUUAUCAGUUCCCAAAUGGCGCCACACAGCUAUUUAUCACUUGUGAAAAUGGCCAGUGGGUAAUCGAAGGAGGAAUUUGGCAAUAUGUCCCUUCCUGUCAACCGAUUUGCUUACCACCUUGCCAAAACCAAGGGAUCUGCAUUGCGCCCAACCAGUGCCAAUGCCCGGAAAAUUACUUCGGGGGCUAUUGCCAGUACGAAAACAAGCCGUGCUUGAGCUACCCGCAGCUGCCCACCAACUCGCGGAGAUCUUGCACUUCAAAGUCGUGUACCAUCUCUUGCCUUCGUGGCCAUCAAUUCCCAGAUGGUUCAGCCAUUGCAACCAUGACGUGUAAAGAGGGAUUCUGGGUACCAGAUAGAGAAAAAUGGACGUCUCUACCGGAUUGCGAAGCAAUCUGUGACCCGCCGUGUUUGAAUGGCGGCAACUGUUUAUCUGUUGGUCACUGUCAGUGUCCUCAAGAUUUCAGAGGUCCUCAGUGUCAAUACAAAACUGAUAACUGUGACGCUCGGAAACUUCUCUUCAACGGAGGUUACAACUGCACAGGUGACCCAAUGGGUCUCAGUUGCUCCCUACGUUGCCCAGAAGGGAUGGUUUUUGAUAGCCCACCGGCGCCUCUAUACACCUGUUUAUACCAGGACGCCAAAUUCAGCCCAUUACCAAUUCCUCAAUGCAUUUUCCCUGAUCCGGAGCCAGCACCACCACACAAUGUGCACCCAGGCAACUACUAUGGUCCCCCAUCUAACCAGACAAAUUACGAUACGAACACCUAUUAUGGUCCCCCAUCUAACCAUUCACCUCACAAUAUGAACACCUACUAUGGUCCCCCGUCUAACCAAUCACCUCACAAUACGAAAACCUACUAUGGUCCCCCAUCUAACCACUCAAAUUAUGAUAUGAACAGCCUUACAGUCAAUGGGUUUCCAGAAGUCUCGUACAUACCUGCAGGACAACGAUGGAACCACUACAACGGUCACAACCUUCCUCCUGGUUAUGAUAUCGAUAACAGUAACGUAAUAACAGUUAAUCCCUACGGUGAAUCUGGAAAUUUCGUCGUUCAGGAAAAAUUGCCAGAACCGGGAAUGUGUAUAACGUGGCAAGGGACACAUUACAAGACUUUCGACGGAAAAGUCUUCAGUUUUGACUCCAAAUGUGCUUACGUUCUCGUCAGGGAUGCAGAGGACAACACAUUUAGUGUUAUUGUGGAAAACAACCCCCAAUGUAGCGACGAACCUACCAGUUGUUCGAAGAUCAUUCGUGUCUAUUUUGAUAAAAAAGAAUUCACUUUGAAACGUUCCAAAGAAGGAGUGCCUGUUUUUGCCACUCCCAAAAAGAGGCUGCCUAUUCCUGCCCAGUUACCAGGUUUGAGGGUUGAAAUGUCUGCCCACUACAUCAUCCUUUCGCUGGAUACAGUAGGCGCGAAAAUCAAGUGGGACGGUCAGCAAUUAGUGCAAGUGGAAGUGCGAGAGAACCUCUGGAAUCGCACCGCUGGGCUAUGUGGUAUCCUGGACGGCAACGAUUCUAACGACAUCUUGAAUAAAAAUGGGCGCAUACCUCAAACUAUUGAGAAUUUUGCCACGAGUUGGAAAGUCGAGACUUUGGAAAGUGAUUGUGACGAUGUACCGUCAGAACAACACGCGUGUUUGGACGAUGGAGUUGAAGGUUCCAGGAGUCACGAGGCUACAGUUUUCUGUAAAAUCCUGCUUAACGACCAACGCUUCGCCCCUUGUCAUCAAGUCAUAGAUAUUACUCUUCUCAUGGAAGCUUGCCGAUGGGACUACUGUUCUUGCAAAAAUCCAGAUCCGUCGGUUUGUGCUUGCGAAACCUUGAACGUCUACGUACGAGCAUGUUCAUACAAAGGAGUCAAAAAUUUAGCAACGUGGAGGGACGCCCAAACUUGUCCAAUGCAGUGUACUGGUGGCAGAGUUUAUAAAGCUUGUGGUUCCGUGAGUGGUCAACCCGUUUGUGGAACAUCCACUCUGUACGAAGAAGAAGAUCUAGAGAAUUGCGUAGAAGGGUGUUAUUGCCCGAAAGGAACAGUCUUGCAUGAGGAUCGUUGCAUAACAACGGACAAGUGCCCAUGUAGAUUACGCGGGAAGAGUUUUCCACCGGGUGCCCAGGUUCCCAAAGAGUGUAACACUUGCACUUGUCUUGACGGCAAAUGGGUGUGUACCCAAGUAUCCUGUGGAUCGAGAUGUGCGGCAAUUGGUGACCCUCACUACGUCACCUUUGAUGGCAGAAGAUACGAUUUCAUGGGACAGUGUUCCUACUAUCUAGUCAAAACCCCGACGUUUUCCAUAGAGGCGGAAAAUGUAGCCUGUGCUGGUUCGAUCUCAGAAGCCAUGAAUUUACCAAGCACGGUUGCUUCAGGACUGCCUUCUUGCACUAAAACCGUCACCGUGAGAAUUUUCGGCCAAACCAUCAAACUCAAGCAAAAUCAUGACGUCGUUGUGAACGGACAGGACGUUACAAAACUGCCCUACGAAAUCAGUGGGGUCACAAUCAGAAGCGUUUCGUCGAUCUUCAUUCAAGUCGAGUUACCCAAUGGAAUGUUGGUGUGGUGGGAUGGCGUCACUCGAGCCUACAUAGACAUCCCUGCCAAGUUCCAAGAGAAAACGAAGGGUCUAUGCGGAACCUUCAACAACAACCAAAAGGACGAUUUUCUCACUCCUGAAGACGAUAUCGAGCAAUCUGUGAUUCCUUUUGCCAACAAAUGGAAGACUAGUGAAAAAUGUAACGACGUACCCGAUACGAUCAGGGCACACCCUUGCAGCUCUAACAUCCAGAACCAACCAACAGCUGAAAAGCACUGUCGCAAAAUCAAGUCCCCACUUUUCUCGCUUUGUCACUGGAUAGUAGACCCCGAGCCCUACUACCAAGACUGUCUUUACGACAUGUGCUCUUGCGAAUUCAAGGUGUCCAAGUGUCUGUGUCCUACAGUGGCGGCCUACGCGGAAGAAUGUUCCCGUCAAGGGGUGAAAAUCUCGUGGAGGGAAACCAUAAGAGAGUGCGGAGUGCAUUGUCCAAGUGGCCAGAAGUACCAAAUCUGUGGCAACUCAUGCACGAGAACGUGUUUCGAUGUGGCCACAAGACCAGACUGUAAACCUCAGUGCGUCGAAGGGUGUAACUGCCCUGACGGAGAAGCUUUGAAUGACGACGGAGAGUGUGUACCCAUUGGUGAAUGUAAAUGUACGUAUGACGGACUUCAGUUCCAUCCAGGGUACAAAGAGGUACGACCUGCUAGCAAAGGUCCAGAGCUCUGCACUUGCAUUAACGCUGCAUGGAGUUGCCGACCAGCUACUCCUACUGAAGUUAAAGCUUUUCCUAAAGCUAGCGACCUGAAAUCUCUUUGUAGUGCCUCAGCGAAUAUGGAAUUCACAACGUGUGAACCUGCUGAGCCUGUAACUUGUAAGAACAUGCAUAAUCCUGAGUACUUUUCGGCGUCGGUGUGCCAUGCUGGGUGCAAAUGUAAGGAUGACUACGUCUUGGAUACACAGACGAAGAGGUGCGUGAAGCCUUCUGAAUGUCCGUGUCACCACGGGGGGAAAAGUUACAAAGAAAACUCAACCGUGCAGAACGACUGUAACACUUGUAAAUGUCAAAAUGGAAAAUGGACGUGUACGGAUAGACCAUGUUCUGCUGAAUGUAGCGCUUGGGGGGAUUCACAUUUCAAGACUUUUGACGGUAAACACUACGACUUCCAAGGACAAUGUGACUACGCGUUAGCUAAAGGUUCCCUAGGAACUGACUCUUUUGAUAUUUCAAUUCAGAACGUUCCCUGCGGUAGCCUUGGCACCAGCUGCUCGAAAUCGGUUACCGUUCGAGUCAAAUCCGGAGAAGACCAAGACGUGUUAACUUUAACCAAAGAAAAAGUUCUCCCGGACUUCGCUUCCAUGAAACACCUCAUAGUACGACAAAAGAAUCUUUUUGUAAUAGUUGAAGCCCCGGAUUUAGGUCUCGUUGUCCAUUGGGACCGCGGCACUAGGGUUUACGUUAAAGUAGACCCUCGCUGGAAGGGUAAAGUGAAAGGACUUUGUGGAAACUACAACGAUAAUGACGCUGACGACUUCCAAACACCUUCAGGAGGUUUAACUGAAGCGUCGGCUUUGAUCUUUGGAGAUUCGUGGAAACUUCAGUCUUAUUGUCCGGAAACUGUAGACGUCACGAGUACUUGCGACGAACGACCUGAUCGAAAAGUAUGGGCUUUGAAGAAAUGUGGCAUUCUUAAAUCCUCAGUGUUUGCUCCUUGUCAUUCCGAAGUCCCCGUUGAUAUCUACCUCGAGAAAUGUAUUUUUGACGCUUGUGCUUGUGACCAGGGUGGAGACUGUGAGUGUUUGUGUACCGCUUUGGCGGCGUAUGCGCAAGAAUGUAACACCAGAGGGGUUCCGAUUAAGUGGAGAUCACAGAAGCUCUGCCCGAUGCAAUGUGAUGAACGCUGUUCCAAUUACAGUCCAUGCGUAUCAACUUGUCCUACGGAAACGUGCGACAACUUGUUGGUAGGACAAAAGAGCAAAACUUGCAACGAAGAUAGUUGUAUAGAAGGAUGUGUUCCUAAACCUUGUGCACCGGGUCAGAUUUAUCUCAAUUCUUCUUUCUUAGAGUGUGUCCCCAGGAAUAUAUGCAGGCCAGUCUGUUUGGAGAUCAAUGGUGUUACAUACUACGAAGGUGAUCUUAUUGAAGGGGAUGACUGCUACAGCUGUUAUUGUUCACGUGGUGAAAAGAUAUGUAAAGGACAAUCUUGUACUACGCAACAUGUUACACCGGUGACUCUUGCACGAGAAGAACUGAUCAAGUGUGAGACUGGAUGGACGGAAUGGAUUAAUCAGGAUACAACAACAUCAAUUAAAAGCUCAUCUGCAAAGAAAAAAAGUGACGUUGAACCUUUACCAACACCACUCCUUUUGAAUCACCUUAAAGGUGGUAAGUGCAACACCGAUCAGAUGAAGGAUAUUCAAUGUAGAACGGUUAAGACACAUCGAACGGCAAAGGAUACCGGGUCAAAUACGGAGUGUUCCCUCGAGCGAGGUCUCGUUUGUAACUCUACAAGUGGUUCGUUCUUCAAACGAUGGUCAACAGCUUCCUGUGACGAUUUUGAAAUACGAGUCUACUGUCAAUGCGAAGAGCCAUCAACUACGAUUGUACCAAGUGUUUGUGAUCCCAUCAAACCACAUAAGGAGCAUCCAACAGACUGUCAUAUUUACUAUCAAUGCGAAGAAGGUAUAGACGGUCCCAAAUUUGUUGAAAAGACCUGUGGUGAAACUAUGUACUUCAAUCCGGUCACUAUGGUUUGCGAUUGGCCAUACGCCGUCGAAGAGAUUAAGCCCGAGUGCAAAGCACCCACGACUACUCAAACCUCCACGACGCCAGUCGAAGUCGUACCAGAAGCAGAAAUCUCUGGAACAGUAGAAAGACCGGUAAUCCAACCAACUUCAAUUGUAGCACCUGCAGUAUGUCCUGUUGGCGAGAAGAAACACGACUGCGCCAUUCAGUGCGAUCGCUUGUGUUUGUAUUACUCUUACGUCGUCAAGUCCGAAGGCUUCUGCAAAAACAACGAAAAGUGUGCGUCUGGGUGUGUGAACCCCAAGAAGAGUUUAUCCUGUCCGAAUGGAAUGUUCUGGGCUGGAAAUCAAACGUGUGUUGCCUUAGCAGAUUGCAUGUGCAGAGCAACGGACGGUAAACCCGUGAAACCGGGUACGGUUUAUCGAGAGUCUGACUGUAAAGUUUGUCAGUGUGUUGAUAAUUUCUACACUUGCGACGAAUCAGCGUGUAUUGAAUCAGAAGAAGUAGGACCAGAACCAGAAGAAAUAGAAGAGGUAGCACCACAAGCCCGCACAAGGCGUCCUCCAAAACAUCGGGGGAAACCAGGACUAGGAUUCUGGGAAGGCGAACUUGCGCAAGGAGUAGGUGGUGGUGGUGGAGGAAUGAAAGAAGAGCCAAUACCUAUUUCUAGUACGGUAACACCCCCAGAGAAAUGUGACGAAGACCAUUUCAUUGACUUGAUGCAAGGAGACCAAGCACUUCCUAAUGUUGUUAUUAACGCUAGCAGUACCUUAAGUGGCGCUUUUAAACCAGAAAUGGCUAAAUUUAACAGUAAAGUGGGUGAACAGAGUGGAGGAAGUUGGAUUCCGCAGUACUCGAAUAAUCUCCAGUACUUGGAAAUCGAUUUAGGCCAGCAGGAACCCGUUUAUGGAGUGAAGGUCAAAGGCAGUCCGAUGUAUGAUGAGUACGUUACUAGUUACAAAGUGUCUUACAGUCCUGAAGGUACUACUUUCUAUGCAGUACGCAACAAGGAACGAUUACCCCAAGUUUUUAGAGGGUCAGUCGAUGCUAAUACACCUGUGCAAGAGAUAUUCGAGACACCUUUUGAAGCACAAAUCGUGAGAAUUCAUCCAGAGACGUGGCACGUGGGGAUAGCUCUAAGAGUCGAAUUAAUAGGGUGCGGCGAAGCCCUCAGUACUACUCCUUACGAACUAACUACGUUGCAUCCCACGACUUCUCCCCCUCCACAAUGCGACGAUCCUAUGGGUUUAGACGACAAUUCAAUGUCAGAUCAACAAAUAUCAGUGAGUUCCGAACUAGACCGAAAUCAUGGUAUACCGAACCUCAAACUGAGUGACGACAGUGCGUGGCAACCUUUAACGAACUCUCCCACUGAAUUCAUCCAGUUUGAUUUUAUGGAACCGCGCAAUAUAACUGGUCUCGAAACUAAAGGUGGUCCAGACGGUUGGGUUACAGCUUUUACAGUAAAAUACUCCCAAGACAGUAAAAUUUGGAACCCCAUUCUCGACAAAAAGACCAAAACAGAGAAAAUUUUCUUGGGUAAUUAUGACUCUGACACCCCACAAACUACUAAUUUCGAGCUCCCCAUAAAUACGAGAUACGUCAAGGUGAUACCAACGAAGUGGAAUGAGAACAUUCAGAUGCGAGUGGAAGUGCAUGGUUGCUUCGAACCAUAUCCAACUCCGCUUGAGACAUCCACACUGCCUACACCACCACCUGGCUGUAACUACUGUCCGGACGUUGUAACAGAUUCUUUGGAAUUAGAAGCCUGCAGGUGCAAGAAGGAUAAAUGGUGGGAUGGCCAAAACUGUGUUGCAAGAACAGAGUGUCCUUGUCUCGUGGGCCACAUUUCAUAUCCUGUCGGUACUUCCUACAAGACUGAAGAUUGCUCCGAAUGCUUAUGUAAAAUUGGCGGUGUCUCACAUUGCGCUCCCAAGGUAUGCGAUCCUUGCGAAAAGGGUUUACGAAGCACGGUGACUACCACGUGUCAGUGCACGUGUCAACCGUGCCCUGACGGUACCACUCUAUGUCCCACGAGUGACGUUUGCAUUAAUUCAACUUUAUGGUGCAACGGAAUCCAAGACUGUCCAGAUGACGAAACCGGUUGUGUAACCACCACCCCAAAAACAACAACCACAACACCCACACCUGUCACUGCGGAAAAAAAAGUGAAAAAAUGCCCCGAAAUUCAGUGCCCACCAGGUUUCCAAAAACAAGUCAAGAAACAAACGAAAGGUCAACGAUAUCAGACAUCCUUGUUUUCGCAUUACGGCAGCGGCUCUCGAAGAAAAUCCUACUUAGCGUCCUCUCUGGGGAUAAAGACUGGAGGAACUAAAACUUCGUACCAGAAAAAAACCUUCCAGAGGCCGGUGAAGACCGCUAAUGAAACAGAAGUACAACCACUGAAUUGUACGGAAUAUGUCUGCAAGUCCACCAAGCCGCCACCGCAGUAUAUUCACGUAAAGAACGAGUGUCCACCUAUGAGCUGUCCUCCGGGCUACACUCCUGUUGUGGAAAAGGAGGACUAUCUGUCAAACAAAUGUCCUGAAUAUGUGUGUACUCCACCUCCUCCGUCUGACGCCGUUUGUAAUGUCACAGGACGUACGUUCAACACGUUCGACGAAACGGAAUAUAAGUACGACAUUUGCUACCAUAUUUUGGCGCGUGACUUGGAACACGAAGAGUGGGAAGUUGCCCUGAAAAAGGAUUGCGCGGAAACUUGUUGGAACGAUCUCAUUAUCCACCAUCAAGGUGAAGAACUUGUGCUCCACCCGAAUCUGACGGCCGAAUAUGACGGCUUUUCUUACACAGUCGAACAAACUAAGAAAAUCGGGUCAAACGCAAAAGCUUUCUCUAUUUCACGUUUAGGUAACGUUCUACUCUUCGUGUCGAACAGGUACGGAUUUUGGAUAAUAUGGGACCAAGAAGGGAAUGUCAAACUAGGAGUAACGCGAAAGCUGGUGGGCCAAGUGGAUGGACUUUGUGGUUACUUUAAUGAGAAUCCUGAUGACGAUAAGAGGAAACCAAAUGGUGCUGUUGCUAGAACCACGGUCGACUUCGGGGAUAGUUGGGCUUACUCUGACAAAUCACAUAUUUGCGAACCACAAGUUUGUCCUCAUGACGCGCAGAACAAGGCGUGGGAUAUCUGUCAGAUCAAACAACAAGUUCUCGAACCUUGUCACAAAGUUAUUAACAGAGACGCUUUUAUAACUCGAUGCGUCGAAACAACCUGUGCUUGUCUUGAAGCAGCCGCUAAAAACGAGACAGCGCAGGAAGACUGUCGGUGCCGCACGAUUGAAGAUUUCGUCGUUGAGUGUCUAACCAGAGACCCGAGUAUAGAUAUUUCGGAAUGGAGGACGGUACUAGAUUGUCCUGUUACCUGUGACGCACCGCUUGUUUACCACGAUUGCUACCAGCGCAAGUGCGAACCAACAUGCGAAUCAGUCUCAGAUCCCGACGCUGCAUGUCCCAAAUUGCCCAGCGUUUGUUUCCCUGGGUGCUACUGUCCUCCUGGAACCGUCAAAAAGGGCGAUUCUUGCAUCAGCCCUUCAAAUUGCCGAGACUGUGAAUGUAAUGUCCUUCCUCAUCUUCAAUACGUUACUUACGACGACACCAACUUCACUGUCAACGCUAAUUGCGUCUACGUAAUGUCAAGAGAUAUUGCAGAUAACACCGGUGCACACAAAUUCCAAGUUUUAAUCACGAACGCCCCAUGUAGAAACAACCAACAAAAAGUCUGCGUCGGCAAAGUCACUAUUUUAUAUCAAGGCCGCAAAAUCCACAUCCUCAACGAUGUAUUCCAGAACAAACUAAAAAUGAUAGUCGAUGGUGAAAGAAUCGACGACUUAUCAGAAGUCACAUGGGCCAAUGUUAGGGAAAGUCCGAGCAAACACAUAAAGAUAGCGUCAAAGUCUAGUCAAGUAGAAAUUUCUGUGUAUUUUCCGUCUCUAGGGGUCUCAAUCAAAGCGGCUUCGCAAAAAUAUGGUGGUAAACUUGAAGGUCUGUGUGGGGAUUGUGACAGUAACCCUUACGAUGAUAUGCGAUCACCUUCUGGAGAAGUCCUUUCGGAUUCUAACGAUUUUGCGUUAAGUUGGCUGUACACCAAAAUACCGGAUCAGACUAAGGAAUUGUGCGCGAACAAACCAGAAGAGUGUCCUCCUCUUCCUAAAGAAACCGAUCCGUGCAAAAUCAUUCUAGACUACAAAACGUUUGGGCAAUGUCUUCGUGUCUUGGAUCCGUCGAUGUUCUUGGAAUGGUGUAGGAAAGACACUUGUGGGAAUCACCCAGAACUGGCUUGUGCGUCUAUAGAAUCAUACGCGAGGGAUUGCGCAAGCGCAGGAUUUUGUAUUGACUGGCGCACGAACAUUUGCCCCCCUCAGCAGUGUCCAAGUGACAAGAUUUACGACCCUUGUGGUCCGAAGUGUCCCAAGACUUGUCAAAGCAUCAAAGAGAAAGAGAAAAGUUGCGUGGAAAUCCCAGUGGAAGGAUGCUUCUGUCCAGAAGGAUUGGUACUGCGAAAUGACACUUGCGUCCUAGAAAAAGACUGUGAAGUGUGCGAUGAAGAGGGUCACCAUCCGGGAGACGUUUGGAAGAAAGAUAAAUGUACAUACUGUACUUGUGAAGGUACUUCGUUGAAAUGUGAGACGGAAAGGUGUUCGGGUAGUGACAAAAUCUGCGAAGAGGGUUACCAAGUGGUGAAAAUACCAGGCAAAGAAGAUGAGUGUUGUGACAAAUACGGUUGUGUACUGGAACCUACAUCAGGACCUGUUUGCGAAGAACCUCAAGCUAUUAGUUGUAGCCGUGGUCAAGCUAUGAAGUUAUCCACAAAACCAAAUGGUUGCCAACAAUUUAUCUGCGAAUGUAAACCAGUUGAUGAGUGCGAACCUCUCAGUACCACCUCAGAACCUUUGGAAGAUGGCUACGUGCGAACGAUUGACACCAGCGGUUGUUGUCCUGAAGCUAAGAUAACCUGUGACAAGUCAAUUUGUCCCAAACCGAAACAAUGCCAACAGUAUCACACUCUUAAAAACGAAACCACCGGAAAAUGUUGUCCCUUAUACACCUGCGAACCUCCGAAAAAUAAGUGUAUCUACGAAAACGAAUACAUGUCAGACGAAAACGGCGGAGAAAGACCUAGAACUGAAAUCGAAAAACAGAAAGUACUCAAGAACGCUAACGAAACUUGGCAAGAUGGUCCAUGUCGUCAGUGUAAAUGUGUGCGAACAAGUAUAGGAAAUUACCAACCGUCGUGUUCGCAGACUGAUUGUUCUGCUCUUGAAAUCUCACACGACUACCUCGACUACGAGCUAGUACCUGAAUUCGUGUACGACCAAUGUUGUCCCGUCGUGAAACGAGUAGCCUGCAAAGACAACGAUAAAAUCUACAAAGUUGGCGAAAAAUGGACCAAGGAAAACGAUGUCUGCACGAUUUACGAAUGUGUGAAUAUUACCACCGGUGUUCACAAAGAAACUCAAGUCACCACAUGUGACACCAAGUGCGAUUUAGGCUUCGAGUAUAUGGCCGCGGCACCAGAAACCAAAGAGUGUUGUGGUUCCUGCAAACCCUACGCUUGCGUGGUUGAUGGAGUCGUCUACAAAGUGGGACACGAAUGGACUUCGCCGGACUUCUGUAUGAAGUAUUUCUGCUUGAGCGUCAACGGAUCGAUGCAAGUUCAAUCAGUUAAAGUCAACUGCCCCGAACUUCCAAAAGACUAUACCGACAAUUUCGUCGUCGAGUCUACAUCUACCGAAGGCGAAUGUUGUAAGGAACACAAAACGGUGGCUUGCAAAGUUGGCAACAAAGUAUACAAAGUGGGAGAAACGUGGCCAUCUCCGGAUGGAGAUAAAUGCAAGAAUGUGACGUGUGUCCAAAACAAAGAAGAACUGACAAAGCAGGAGUCUGUCCAGACUUGUAAAAAAACCUGUUCGAAGGGUUCAGAGUACAAAGAAUCUAACGACACCUGCUGUGGUGAGUGUGUUCGCAUUGCUUGUGUUGUUGACGACGAAUUGAAGAAACCUGGUGAGAAUUGGACUUCCCCUGAUAAUUGCACAACUUAUACUUGCGAAAACUUUGGUGACGAAUUCACCGUUAUGAGUCAGCAGGAGUCGUGUCCUUCGUUGGAGGACUGUCCCCAGAAAAAUAUCUACGUCAAAGGAUGCUGCAAACACUGUAAUAUUACGUCUGGUGCACAGAAAACUUGUGCGAUUGAAGCCAUCCCACUCAACGAGACUAUAGAGUUAAUCAAAGUAACUCCAGAAACGCAUGGUGACUGUGUUAAUAAGAAACCUAUCGAUGAUUUUACGGAAUGUGUAGGAAUUUGCCAGUCGUCUACUACCUUCGACAAGAAUAAGGGUUCCCACGCGAGUAAAUGUUCUUGCUGUCAAGCUACUAAAUUCGAGUAUCGAGAAGUGGAGUUGGUUUGUGGUGAUGGUUAUACAUUUAAGAAAAAAGUUACUGUGCCGUCUGUUUGUGGUUGUGAGGGUUGUGCCGCUUCUGGAUUUACGAAAAAUAGAAAAGCUUCGGGUGUUAAAUCGUAAUGAUUCUCUUUUGAAAUGAUAUAUUUUUUAUUUAAUGUUUCUAUGUUGGUAUUUUAUCUUAAUAGAGCAUUUUGAAGA